UUUUUGUAUUAAUAAGGCUUAGUAGAUGAGUGCUGCCUGCCUGCCUAUUCAAUGAAUAUGAUUUAUACUCUCCUUCCUUCUUUCCUUCCUUCUUUCCUUCCUUCCCUCCUUCUCUCUCUCUCUCUCUCUCUCUCAACACAUCCUCUUAAUACACUCUCUUAAUAGACUCCCUUCAUCACCUACUACUGUGGCCAUUACAUCUUAAUCCCUUUUACUGUCAGUCUCCAGAACUUUAACAAAAUGGAAACCAAGUUAAUCCUUGGGAACUUCCAUCACUUUCCCCCGGAGGUCCGUGUCAUGAUCUGGAAUUACCUCCAACCAGAGGGCAAAGAUACGACCGCGACACGAGCUCCAAAGACCAGCCUGUCUAUCCUUCGAGCCAAUAAAGCUUUGGCUGAGGAGAUAUCCUACGAGCUGUACCACGGUUUCGAACUGAACCUGGAGAUUUCUCCCAAUCACCGACGAGAUCACUGGCUCACAGCCUACAACAUCAACAAGAAGGCUGUGUGGUGUAUCAGAGGGGAAACUGACGCUCGCGAUCGUGGUCUCGAAAACUUCCCCUUUGACCGUAUACGAAGUCUCAACAUCUCCCUUCUUGCUCCUGAUCCCCACGACCCAGGCCAACUGCUCUGUCUAUGGCGCAAGGUAAACCGGCUGGUCAAGUUUCUGCAAGGGAUCCGUGUAUCUUGUAUCAAGAAAAUGACGGUCUCUUUUCUUUCACACGAGAACUCGGCAUGGUACGACGAGAAGACCGAGGCGGCCACGUCGAGCAUGUGCGAGGGGCUUCCCAAAGCGGCCACUUCGAGAAUGGGCGAGGAGCUUUUUGAAGCGUUGCAGGACUACAGGGUGCUCUUCGCUCCGUUUGUCCGACUGCGAAAUAUCAAAGACCUGGAGGUACGAACAGGCUCGACGCAGCUUGAAGGCGCGGUAGAUUGGAAUAUGAUCCAAGAGGUGGUGUGCAUCAUCAAGGAACGCUUCGGGCAUGGGUUCCCGUCCACGAAAACAAACCAGGAGAUGCAUGAUGAUUCAGAAUUCAUGGACGGAUACCGUUUCCUGGCCUAUAUACUGGAAGACGCCCUCGACCAUCUGGGCGGCUGGACGGCUGCCAUGCUCCGUUUGGAACGGGAAUCUCAGUGGUGCUUGGUGCGUCGACAUUUGAUGCUGGCGUCUUAUGCGGAUUGGGGUGCAGGCUGGAGGCGACGUCAGCUGCUCAGAGAUAUUCCAGCCAAGAGAGCAGCACUGUUGGCGGAUUUGAGUUGGGGGACCAAGAAGGACGAUAUAAGUCAGAGUAUGGGUGAUCUGUUAUUGGAAUAUUAAUGUAUCAAAUCAUGUAUUGUGAAGAUAUCGAAAGUUUUCUCUGCACCCUAGAGUAUCUAUCUUAUCGAGAUUCUUGUAGUCAGCAGAACGAACUUGGUUCAAAAGUAGGGCUUAGUCUCGAGGGGCAGCGAUAUGAACUGUCUGGAACAAACUCAUCAGGGAUAAUAGUAGCUGUGAUGGCUGUCCUGACAGUCAAUUCACAUGAGCACAGUCAACAAUUCUCCUGCAGAGGAUCAGGUAUACCAGUCCUUGACGAGAGUCAG